UAUUAUAAAGGUGAGGUGCAUAUAUAAUAAUCCCUCUUCAUAUUGUAAGCGUAGAUCUAUAUUAUCGACUGACCUUAUUUAGGUGCAUAUAUCACUAUAUAUGUAAUGAGUAAUGUAAUAUUUCUUGAACGGAUGGUUAUAAUGAUAUUUUCAAAUGAUAGAAAAAUUGCGCCUGUAUUUUUUUAAUGAUUCAACAGAUUCGUGCAUAUUCCCUUUAAAUUUUUACAUCCUCACCUACAACCUACAAGUUCUAGCCAAUGUCUGAACUUAGUCCAUCAGAGUCUCUAUGACUUAAUGGCUUGGUCUUUCUUCAUAAGAUGAACUGGAUAUGUCGUUGAACCGAAACAUUGUUAAUUUAUUAAAUUAAAAAAUUUUUCUACAACUUUUUAAUUACUGAAGAAUUCUGGUAGCUAUGUCAGUUAUUGGAAAAGGAAGAGGUAGAGGAUUUACGGAUGUUCGAGAUGCACCAUUACGUCGACCCGGUCAAACAAAUAUUUCCAAAUUCAGUGAUUUGAUAGAUCUUAUAGAUGAUGUGUGUUUCAAAGAUCCAAUGUUCAAUGAGAAAGUAGAUAAAAUUCUGCAAAUGUUUGAACAUUUAUUAAAAAGUAAUUCAAUAAAAGAAAUUUUUGAAGAUUUACACAAACAAGCUCUCGAUGAUAGACAAUUUGGAAUAAAAUUAAAUAUUGUUUGUUGUGAUCCUAAGAUAUACACAUUAACUGACUGUAUGUUACGAUCAAUUAUCUUAACAAUACUGCAAAAAGAUUAUGAAGGUAUUAUUUUUGUCAAAGAACGAGACCAAAUAAAAAAAAGAAGUAUUGUGCAGUUUCGCAAUGCAGUUUCUCUUUUGGGAGGAGUAUACUGUAAUUUUAAAAUAAAUGGUACACCAUUGAAAAUUCUAUCCGGCCCACUUCUAUGCUACCUGCAAAUGCUGUUAGAUACAUCAGAAGAAGAAGAUAUAGAACUUAUUACUGUUCAGCUAUUUGUUAAUGGUUCAAAAAUUUUCGAAAAACCAUUACAUGGAUCCGAAGACUUUUUAAUAUCAGUCAGACGUGUUUUAGUCAAUCGUAAUUUAAGUGCAAAGUCAAGAGCCAUGUUACUUUAUAUUAUUGAUUCAUCACACCAAAGCUUCAAACCAUUAUCUGGAGAGAUAAAAGAAUUUUAUUUCAAAAUCUAUGGUGAUACAUUUCUAGAAAUUGAAAAAUUUGCUAACAAUAUUAUUUUUGAAUCUCAUAAUUUCAAAAAAUGUAAAAGUGCAUCUGGUUCAAUUGGAGAUAAGAAUAGUCUUGUCAAUGUUACAAUGAAAGCAUCACAAGAAGAAGGUAAAACAAUGUCUUCGUGGAUGGAUAAAUGUCUAAUAAAUAAGAGUGUUGAAAAACCAUCUAUUCCACGAGCUAUUCGAGGAGCUGGUACUGGAGAUACCGCAAAAGACAAACAUAAUAAAAAAUUAUCAAAAGGAAAGAGAGAUAAAAUAAACGAUGAACAGAUUUGGUUAUCUAAACCGAAUACUAGUAGUAAAGUUUGGGGUCAUGAUGAUCGUUUUGAUAAAGAUUAUACACAAACUUAAUAAUAAGAUAAUGAAAUUUCUACUUAUUCAAAAUAAAUUAUGGAAAUGAAAAAAAAAUAGAUAUUUGAUUUUGGCAUCUGACUAUUGAUUUUUCUUUUAAUACGACAUUCUUUGUACUGGAAUUAUAACCCUAUAAAAUAUACAAUUAUAGUUCAAUAAAUGUAAUACAUAUAAAAUCAUACUAUUUUUCAUAAUACUGCGAUAAAAAACUGGAAAAAAAUAUUAAAAUAUUCAUUUCAAAUUAAUUUUCAAAAAUUCAACUGUAAUUUUUGGCUUAUAUCUUUCGGAAAAAUUUUUUCACUAGUUUUUUUGUAAAAUCUAAUUGUACGAAUGUCGUUUUCAUGUAAAGUCGUGUUAUACAAGUAUCGCCAAGUGCACUUAUCUUUUUUUUAUUUAUUUUGUUAUUCAGUUUAAUGUUAAAAUUAAUCCCCUAUUGCAAAAAAAUGACAUCCUCAAUAACUAUUUUUUAACGUCAUAUUGGACAAUAUUUGGCACAUAAAAUAUUAUUUUAUGUUAUUCUAUGUACCAAAGAAAAAUAACGACAUUCUUUAUUGAUAAUUAACAGUAUCUUCUGUAACAAAUAACGUCAUUUUAAAAGUAUUUGUGAAAAACGGCAUCUUUUUUUAUAAGAAAUAUAUAUUUUUCACACUUAUUUAUAAUUGACAAACAUCUAUUAGGAGCUUAAUCUUAGACAAGAACCAACUCCAGGAUUUUAAUUCGAUGAUAAUUAUUUGUACUUCACUGCUUACGCUAAUGACGAUUGAUGUAAUAUAUACCAUUUUUAUUUUUUAUAAUGUAACAUUUAUUUAAACUUUUAUUUUUUAUCAGACACCUAAUAAGCCGAAUUUUAGUUCUACGUGAAACUAAUUACACCUUCACAAUCUAAUUUCUUAAAUAUAUUUAUGUACAAUAAAAAAAAUAGCCCAAGCCUAAAUGGACAUUAGUGUAUAUUAUGUGUGGUGAUGAUUUAUUAAUUAAGAAUAGCCAAGAAACAAAUCAUAGAGAAUAUCGGUAUUGAAUCAGAUUUGAUAAAUGAAGUUGUGGACUGCCAGUAUGUAUGUACCCUGCUAAAACCCUUCUAAGUAAUUGAAAAUAAAGUAAUCAUUUUUAAUCAUGAAUCUGUCUUCUUCGAAUGCCAAAUGAAAUUAAUUAAAAAUGUAAAACAAAACAUGAGUUUUAAGUUAGAUUCAUGCGUGAGAAAGUGAUUUCCCAUUUGCGUCACUCGGUCGUGUAAAUGUCCGCACAAGGAUCAAAUCAUUUUCUCACACUAGUAUCGACUAAUGUUAUUAUGUUAUAGUGCGCUCUUUCUUUUGUGCUUGUCUAUUAUUUACUACAUUAUUUGAAUCUUUUACAUCGAUUGAUUGAUUAAUUGAUCGAUUGAUGCCCUUUGCAUCGUGUGCUUUUUAUUGCCUCUAUAAAAACAUUCACGAAUAUUCUAAAAAUUAACAGGUUUAAUAUUCUGAUAAUUGAUUUUGUUACUCGCACAUUUCUUACCAAGAACAAAAGAUAAAAUUUACUCUACUCUAUUUUAUUCAAUUCAUUUUUUUUCUCUUUCUAUCAAAUUUUAACACGGCAAUAUUAAUUUUAUUAUCACAGGUGAUAUGAAAUUAACGAUUUACUGAUAAUUUCAAAAUAUAACGUCUUAUGUUUUCUAUAAAACGAUUUAUUAACGGCAUAUUUCCAUUCUUGGAUAUUAUUAUCCAUGUUAAUUAUUCAUAAAUUGAAUUCACUUAUGUAUUCUGCUGAAAUAUAAAUCUCACACUCCUAGAUGUAUAGUAAAAGUAUUUAUAGAAAAUUCAUUAUUUUACAUUCUUUUUUAGUUUUUUUGCAGAAACGCAAUUACAGCGCUUUGUGUCGGCGAUUCAUGAUUUUUUUUCAGAUAAAAGAAAAAAAGAAAAAAAGCAAAGAAAAUAUAAGGAAAUAUAUACUAAAUCUCACACACACGUACUUAGUAACUUUAUUCGUCGAUACGUCGUGUGCAAGUCGAGAUUUUUACUUUCCAUAGCUUGCGUAAAGUCCUUGAGCACGGAGUAUUGAAAAUCUGUGAAUUAUUUUUUACGAUUAAGUAUAUCGUUAUCAGUAAAACAUUGUCUGAGCUUGGAAAGCCUUAUUAUACGUAUUCAUAACGUAAUCCUUGUAAAUUAAAAUUUUCUCUUGAAUGUAUCUAUAGUCAAUAAUUUGUCUUAUUUGUUUAUGAACGGACUUGUUUGAGAGCAUUCUAUGAAAGCAGGACUACUAUUACUACUUUUCGUAUUAUCACAUUUUAUUUUUACUGCUAUUUUCCGUAUUACCAAAUACUUCUCGAGUAGAGCCGUUGUCAUCUAAAAAAUAUCUAUUUAUCCCACCAUUGCGAAUUACUGCUGUUUUCAGCACCGUCACA